CCCUGCGGGGGGGUCCGGCCGGACACAGGCGCUGCCGGGCGGGGAGGGCUCUGCCCGCCGUCUCCCGGGGGGGCUCUCGGAGCUGCGGCCGUUGGCGGCGGCCGAGAGACGGCCAGAACCCGUCAAAGGGUCGGUCAUAAUGGAUAUUACAAGGGGGAGCUUGGAUAAAAUUUCAAGGCCUGCAUCUAGCUCAAAAGCUUAUCCUCAUUGUAGAACUUUAAAUACAUCUAUGGAGUUAUUAACACCAGAGCCAUGUUUCCCAAAGGUUGAUUCACCACUCAGUUUGGCUGGUAGUUAUCAAAGAAGCAAUCUAGAAGACUGCUGUCCAGAAGAAAACAAAGGUGAUGAUAGAGAGAAAUCUGAUGUCAAGGAAGUAAGAACAGAUCAAGAAACCACAGUGGAGGGGUAUAUGUCUAGUUCUGAUUCUGGAGAUGAUAACACUGAAACACAGACUUUAAAAUUCUGUGAACCUUCCAAAGGAAAACUACAUAAUGCGAAAGCAGCAAACUCUUCCAACUUGGAACAUUUUGAGGAAACAGAUGCAGACCCUCAGAUUCAAGCAGCUAUAAAGAAAAUGAAUAAACUUGACACAAUACUGGCAAAAAAACGUUUUAAGGAGAGAGCAAUUAAAAAACAAGGCAAAGAAAUGAGGGCAAAGCUCUGGGAAGAACUUCAGUCUAUCAGAACCACUGGAAGCCAUGAGGAGAUAGAAAACACAAAACUUUUUUUAGCUUUGAUCUCAUCACGGCAGUAUAAAGCUGAUACCUCCCAUUCUAAAGAAGAUGAAACAUGUACGUCAGUAUUUCACACACAAAUUAAUCCAGAGGAUUAUGAUUGCCACGAAACCCAACAUAAUCAGGAUUAUCCAAAUGAAUUAGAAAUGAAUGAAUUUCUUAAUCAAGCAGAAAAAAUGCAGAGCAAAAGUAAAAGCAAUCAGGAUUUCAUUAAAAAGAACAUUGAGCUAGCAAAGGAUUCAGGAAACCAGAUUGUUAUGCUUGAAGGAGAGAGGAAAAGGCUAAUUGAACUAUUGAAAGAUACAGAAGAUGGAAUUGAAUUGCAAAGUCUUAAGGAGAAUGUAUCUGGCUGGCUAGCACCAGGAGAAGGGUACACACCUGAACCGAUGGAAUUUCAUCACCUCAGUGAGAUAGACAUUAAGCUUCAAGUACUCCUAUCUGAUGAAGAUUUUUCUGUGAUUUCUAGCUCUUGCUCAAAAACACCAAGCCAGAUUUAUCAGGAGUCUCUGGCUUAUGCAAACAGAAAUCUAGAAGCAGUUCCAGGUGAAAAGGUUCUGCGAGACAAUAAGGAACAACGUGAUCAACAAAAUCGUCUGAAAGAAAUAGAUCAUCAGCUGAAAUCCCUGGAGAGAAAUCUUACUGAAGAACAAAUGGGCCUCUCUGAAGAGCAGCUUAAGACCCUUCUGGAAGAAUGUAUGCAGCCUCAGAGAACAAUGAGCAACGUUACCAUGCCAAAGUCUCAGGAAUCUCUUUCUGGUGGAUUAAGUCCCCCUUGUUACACAAGUCAAGACUCCACUCUUCACUCCACAUCUACUCUUUCCAAAAUGUUAGUUGAAGACCAUAUUGUAGGGAUGUUAAUGGCUGAGGAAAAGGCUGGACUCGAAGACAAAAGCUUAUGUGUUAAUGCAGAGAGUGAAAUCCCUGGCUACUAUAUCAGCAAAGCAUUGGCUGAUAGUCACUUAUCAAAGGAUUCACUGGCCCAAACAGAGGAACUUGAUGACCUAGAAGGUUUACAGAAGAUGGGAGAUAAGAGUAUUACUGAAGGUUACUUUAUGUCAAGAGCACUCAACACAAAAAGGUUGAAGAAACCUUCUUUCUUGGGCGAACCAUUAUAUUGCAUCAGCAUGAACAAUGAGCCGUCCACAGAGGCUGACAUUCUCAGCAUACCACUGCAACCAAAGGAGAUGAUAUGAAGACAGAAAGAGGAGGGAAGAUUGACUAUAUGCUUCUUUACGCAAUAUUUUUUCUAAAAGUGUGCUUUUCAGACACUCUGAAGGGAAUGAAGUAUCAUCAUUGAAAAAUGUUCCAUGAGGUGAUUU